AUGUCUCGAGAUGGCCAGCAGGCGCUGUCUGCUCGCGGUCUGUGCGGGCCGCUCGUCCUCCUCGCCCUUCUUUCGUCCUCCCGUCCCUCCCCUCCACCAUGGCCUCCUCGGCACUUCUUUCUCCAUCCGCCUCGCCCUGGGCCUUUUCGUAUCGCGCCGUUCGCCCUAUUCGGUGACCUCCAUGGCUGUCCGCCUCCUUUUGGGUGGCGCUCUCGAUACCGUUGCGUCAACCUCGACGUCGCUGUCGCCCUCCCCGUCCCCGACCCCACCGUCGCCCGUGCCUCGGUUCGCGUCAUUGGUAGCGUUUCCGUUGCCCCCUCGUGCCCUGCCGUCGCCCUCUCUGCUCGGGCCGUUCGCGAUUUCGCUCCUCCUGCGUGUCGCCCCUCCGUCUCCUCCCCUGCCUUCGUCGUCAUCGUCGCUGUCGCGAAAGCCCUCCGGCCCCUCGAUUCCCUCGCCUAUCCCCUCCGCUGCGUCGUCCCAGUUUAUAUCCUCAUCCUCUGCGCAUGUCGCCGCUCCCUUUCCAUCUCCAUCGUUGUCGCCUCCGUCGACUGCGGCGCUGCCUCUGCCCUCGCCUCCGUCCUCCUCGUCUCGCCUGCCAUCGUCCCGUGUCUCCUCGUCCUCGCCAUCGUCUUGGCCGUUGUCUACCUGUUCAUCGUGUCCCCUGCUGCUGGUGGCAUCGCCGUUGGCUUCCUCUCUCCCCCUUUCCUCCCUGCCCCUCUCGCUGUCUGGUGUUAA